AGGCGCAGCAGGGCGAGGAAGGCUUGCCCCAGAACGCAGCCCUCCUUCCCCGGCACGGAUCGCGCAGGCUUUCCCCCGGGCUCCGGGCUUUCCCCCGGGCUGGGGAGCCGCAGGCAGCCGCCGCCGCGUCCCGCCCCGCGGGGGGAGGAGCGGGCCCGCAGUGCGCGCUGGGCUCUGUAGUGCCGGGCCCGGGCGGUUGCCGGGAGCCGCUGGGCAGCGCCGCGCUGGGCGCUUGGGCUGACGCCGUGGCAGCAGCGGCCGGGCCGCGUCGCGCUGGGCCGCCGAGCCCGGCGCAGCUCAGUUAACAUGAAGAUGGAGGACUAUGAAAUAUUCUGUAAGAAGCAUCUUUCUAGAAUCCAAGAAGAAGCAAUAAAAGAAACCCCUUUCACUGUUCAGCACAAAAAUAUGUCCCUCAUUCAAUUCCAUGGCAUUCCUGUGCUUUCCCCUCUGCUUAGCCUUGAGAAGAGAAAGGAAAUCCAGCAAUACAAACAGAAAGCACUGGACCUGGAGACCUGGAGGCAGAGCUCGCGGAAAAGAGCUUUAUUGAAUCGUGUACAGGAGAUCUUGGAAAAUGUUCAGAUCAGGAAAGGACCCAAUGUGAGUGAUGUGAACAUAGGAGAGGCUGAGGAUCCUUGCCCCGAUUCAGAUGUAAAAGCUUCGACUGACCUGGCAGCUCUAUCGGAUGUCAAUGUGGCAUGUUCUCCUAAAAGCCAUGGCUCCACGGAGCUUGAAAGGAUGCCAGAACCUAGGCCAUCAGAUACUACUGGGCAGGUGGCAUCAAAUGUGGCAGAAGUAGUUAAAGCAGCAGAAGACAGUGUGUUUUCAAAGCAAAGUGAGAGCCAGGUCUCAAAAGAUGUACCUUGUCCGAGGGCUGCCUCUCCUGACAAUGCACGUAAUAAGCUGGCGUCAAAUGCUUUGCGAAAGGAAGAGGGACUGGGAGUGUCGCCAUCAGAUGAGGAAGUCCAAGAUCCCUGUGUCAUGAGUCUUCAGAACCUGAUGAAGAAAUCCAGGGAGCAUCUGGAGAGAGAGCAAGCUAAGCGUAGCUCAAAAAGCAGUUCAAAGAGAAGCGCGAGUGAAAGUCAUUCAGAUAAAGAAAAUGAUGGUGUCAAAACAACCGACCCUGUGAAAGAGAGAGGAAGGUUUGCAGGCAGGAGUUGCACCACUCUGACACUUGAUAAACCCUGUCCUAACAGAGCAAAUCCCUUCCUCCAAGGUGCCUCCCCUCAUACAACGAACGCCAACGUGUCCGCUUCCUCCAGCUUUUCUAAGGUGGACAUACCUGUGAGAGUUGGGACACCCCCGCUGGUGGAUUCGGACUCGGAUGAAGAGCUCAGGAAGCCUUGCACCUUCGAGCGCGACAGCAGCGUGCUCAGGAGCCUCGCAGGCUCUUACGCCAAACUGCCCAGCCCAGAGCCGAGCAUGAGCCCUAAAAUGCACCGGCGGCGCCCGAGGCCUUUGUCCAUGGGACACAUCAUUAUAAACAACCCUGUGAAUGCCUACGAGCUGAGCCCCAAAGGCAAGGGCAGAGCCAUGGACUUAAUCCUGCAAGACAUUGCUGACAAGAAUAACGUGUCCGAGUCGGUGCCGAGGUUCAUGCUGGACUUCACUAUGGUUUGCCCUAGCAGAGUUGCCGGUGUCAACAGGAGUGCUUCGGGCCCUUGUGACGGGUUGGGAGCUGGCAAACCGAACCGCCAUUCCUUUGGGCACCUGGAAAGCAAAGGAACAGUGUCAGCUACAGUGGAAGGACAGGUGGUGAUGGACAGCAGAGGGCCCUACAAAGUGGAGACCAGUACUAACAUCGUGGCUCCAAAACUGAACAUCAGUCAGUCUACAGUAGCACAGAAGCUCCUGAGUGUGAGUGAAACCAAACCCCCUAGUGCACUAGAAGAUGCUCAGUGCGAUUCUCCAGUGGAACUCAAUAAAUCUUACCACACAGAACACCCGUCCGGGCUGCUAAUGCAGAGCAAGGCCACGAGGCAGCAGGUGGACACUCCAAGUCUGUCUCCAGCAAACGAGCAAUUCCUAGAGAACAGCUUGGAGAAGGUAAAACGUAGACUCGAUUUGGACACUGACAGCUGCCAGGAAGAAAGCAGCCCUUGUGUCCUAGCCGUUGGAGUGGAAGAACAAGAGAAGCAGUGGUUGCAAGAACAGAAGUGUCCUGUGGGAUCAGUUUACGUUACCAAGAAUGCAGCCCCUGAUAGUAUGGCAAAAGAAGAUAUCUUAAAAACUAAAAUGUUGGCCUUUGAAGAAAUGAGGAAGAGACUUGAAGAACAGCAUGCACAGCAACUGUCGAUUCUGAUAGCUGAACAAGAGAGAGAACAGGAGAAACUGCAGAAGGAACUGGAAGAGCAGGAGAGAAAGCUGAAAGGAAAGAAGGUGGCUACGACGGAAAUAGAAAUUUCCAAAGUGAAUAUUAACAGUAGGAUGGAGUUGGAGUGGAGGAAAAAAGGCGAAAGUGGCUUGCUGGAAAGUGUGCAGUCUCAGCUGGAGACAGUCCAUAAUGCAAACUCUACCAGCAUUGGUUUUGCUCAUACUACAACACCUGACACCUUUACUUCAACAAGUGAAACUUCCUUCUUUCUCUGGGGACCGUCAGGUAGUGGAGUGAUAAAAACCUCAGUAUCUAGGCCAAGUAACAGGAUCAAAACCAGGUGGAGUCAGUUUUUCAGUCCAGAGAUACAAGUGAAGUUUGAUAAGAUCACUGCUGUGGCAAAGGGAUUCCUCACUCGGAGGCUCCUGCAGACAGAAAAACUGAAACAUCUUAAGCAAACUGUAAAAGACACUAUGGAGUUCAUAAAAAAUUUUCAGUCUGAAACUCCACUGAAAAGAGGAAGUGUUUCAGCUCAAGAUGCAUCCCUUCAUGAGAGAGUAAUGGCUCAGCUGCGAGCAGCCCUGUAUGACAUCCACGACAUCUUUUUCACCAUGGAGGCCUCGGAAAGGAUGAACAUUCUGCGGCACGACCGUGAAGUGCGGAAAGAGAAGAUGCUCAGGCAAAUGGAUAAAGUGAAGAGCCCAAGAGAGAGAGUGACACUUUCAACAGCUACACAGAAAUCCCUGGACAGGAAAAAGUACAUGAAGGCUUCAGAAAUGGGAAUGCCAAGUAAAAAAGUAAUCAUAAAACAAAAAACUCCUGAGAGCCGCGUGCUUCAGCCAAAUCAAGGACAGAAUGCCCCAGUUCACAGACUGCUUUGCAGACAAGGCACCCCUAAGACCUCAGUGAAGGGGCUUGAGCAAAAUAAAAAGAAGGCCUCAGAGAGCAGAGUGUCUAACAAGGCUGUUUCAGGAGCAUAUGCAGGAAGAACCCAAAGAAAGAAGCCAAAUGUUGUGACAAUUUAAGAAGACAGCACUCCCUGGGAUGAGUGGUUUUAGUAACGAUGCCUUCUUGGCACCCGUGCCAACAUUGCAGACAUACUUUGUCACUUCCAGACACAUUGAUACAACCACCCUGCAGUAAUAAAGGGCUGAGAAGCUCUAAUAUUUGUGCAUGUAAAAACUUGCUAUAGAGUCAUACUGCUAUGUGCUUCAUCAUCUUCUUUAAGACCACCGCAGGGCAACAUGAAGGUAAUUUGUGACUUUUUCACACUAACUCCUAUGUCUGACUCACACUUUUUGCAUUACUUAAGCCUGCAAUUCCUGUGUAUGUUUGCCACCAUAAGUCAUAUGUAUAUAUCUUUCAGUUGAAGGAGUUAGAUAAGGGAAAAGAAUGAAUUCAAACAAAACUGAGCCCUUCCAUCAGUUAAUCUGCCAGCAGCUUUUUUUGAAUGUAGUUUCUGUGUGGAUGAGAUUACCUCAAUUUAAAUACUGAUGGCCUACAUGUCUUACAUUUCCUCUGAGCUGGACAGAUGUGGAUCCAGAUGGACAGACAGAUUUUCAAGGACUACACCAGAACGGCAUGUUUGUAGGUGUGGUGGAUCAAACCACUGUGCUAGAAGAGUCCUAGGCUUGUUUUUCUUUAAUGUGCUGUCCACUACAUUUUAGCUCAUGAUCAUAUUUUACCUUGGUCUUUUCCACUGAUGGAUAUUGUCCUUCAAUCCGAAGGGGGAGCACAAUUCUGUUGUUUCUUUUGAAGAGCUUGAGACAUGAUGUUGGCAGAGCAAAGCUUGGCUGUGUAAGGCUUUGCAGUGUUUACUCUUGCUCUGUAGCAGCCGUAGUGGAGAGCUGACUGCAGAGCGUGCAAUGAGUUACAAGUUGUUACUGUCACCCUAUCGCUACAAGCAACCGCCUAACAUCGGAGCCACUUGCUGAGUGGCUCUGAGAAGACUGACCUAAAACUUGGUGUGUUAAAUAGCGUGAAACAUUAAUGGUGGGACAGGAAGUGUACCUUCAUGGGCAGCAGGGAGUGAAUUGGCUUGCUUGAGGCACUAGUUGUGGCUUUUAUCUGCCACCAAGUCUGUCCUCUGCGUCUAGUGACAUUGCUGAAACCCAGUGUUUUACACCAUGUAGUAAGUGACCCAAGUCACGUGCCUGGAAAAUGCUCCCUGAACACGUUGACCUGCUCGGUGGCUUUUUGCAGUGGCACUUGUUUGAGAGCUUGGGCUCUGUGUGUGGGGCUCCUUUAAGUGGUGUUGAUGUAAGCGCUGCGCACCAGUGGAGUAGUAACUGCCUCCUCCACUGCAAGAGUACGGAUCGCAGAGGUUUUAGGUGCAAUACAGAAAAUGCCUGAGGCAAGCUCACCCAGCAGGCAUCAGAAUUCUGAUUUGGUUCUCAACUGUCCUUAGGGAGUGGAAAACAUCCCAAAAAUGACUGUAGUGAGGGUAACCUGUGUGCCAGGUGACCACAUGGGCUGCUGAUGUGUCAGCGCUCAAGAUGGAUGUUUUGUGUGCUGUAUUUACGAUUAACAUAGGUAGUGUGUGGAUGUGAAAAUAGGUUUAGGUUAAGAGUUAGCAAAAACGAAUGCUUACAUUGUUUGGGUUUCACUUCAGAAGCUUUUUACUUUGAGCAUGCUUCCAGUACAUGUCAUAAGACACUGUAGCACAAGGGAGUUUUUAACUUUCAUGGGGCCUUUUGUUGUCGACAAGUGCCAGGAUUUGGUUUUGUACUUGGUGUUUUGUAUUGAUGCAUAUUUAAUUUGACCUUUUUAUUUUGUGUGGAAUUGUGGUGUCAUGAGAAACGUGUAUUUAUUUUUGUACUUUAUUUCAGUUUCACCUGUCUUGCUUUUUACUUAAAACAUGCUGCACAAUAAACCUUUAACAAGAA